GUAAGUAGAAUUUUUGUAGAAAGUGUUGUAGCAUUACUUGGAUUAGUACUAGUACCGGUAGUGUUCCGUGAGUCUUAAACCGCCUCAACUUCUCUCCUCCACGAACACGGAUCCAUCCAUCCAGAUCCGCCACGCAACGAAUUCGACUAGGAAUUGAACAAUUGAUCACCUCACCACCUCUUAGACGGCAAAAAGAUUACUUUACGAUCCGUUCAGAGCAUCGGAGGAAAAUCACGCCGCUUCUUUCUGCUUCGCCCGGAGGGAGGGAGAUUCUGCUCCUCGAUUUCGCAAGGUCAAGAAGGAGGGCGUCACAAACUGACACGAUGGGGUUGAGGGCGCCUUUCUUUCUCCUCUUUCUCGUCGUCGGCUGGGGAGCUGCACAAGCCGAUAGUUUGCAAGACAACAAGUUUGUUUUUCUUGAUCUUGGCACAAUCAAGAUCCAAAAUCUCGGCCUAAUCUACAAGGAACAAAUUACUUCGAGGAAAAUCCCUGUCCAUCUCAACAGUGGCAGCCCAAAAUGCUCAGCCUGUGAAAAUUUCGCGAAUGAAGCUGUCAGUUAUCUCAGUGAGAAACAAACACAAGAUAAGAUCAUGGAAAUCCUUCAUGAUGCUUGUUCUCAGUCAUUCUCCUUGGAACAGAAGUGUGUUGAGUUGAUGGACUCCUAUGCAGCUCUUCUGUUUGCCAAGAUUACUGAGAUCAAGCCCGAAGAAUUCUGCAAACAGUAUGGCCUGUGCCGGGACAUAGCUAUUUUCUCUGGUGUGAGAAGUGAGAGCACAUGCGUAUUUUGCCACCACCUCGUUGAUGAAGUUAUGUCCAAACUGAAAGAUCCUGAUUCGGAGUUUGAGAUAAUUCAAAUUCUCCUAAAGGAGUGCAAUAAGAUUGAAGGUCAUGUCCAGCAGUGCAAGAGACUGGUCCUGCAAUACAUUCCUCUCAUCCUGGUCAAUGGUGAGAAGUUCCUUGAGAAGAAUGACAUGUGCGCACUCGUCCAAGCGUGUCCAGCCAUUCAAAAGGGCACAUUCAGCUCAUUCUUGGAAGGGGGAUUGCUGAGUGAUGCAUGAAGGUUGGAAGGUUAUACGAGGUGCGCACUGCGCAGCAAUGGUGAAAAUAGUCUGUCCAAGUAUUUGUUGUACAUAAGGCUACAAAUGGCUGUUGUCUUCUGCUCCUGCAUUCUUUUGCAUGCCUUGUAUUAUGAAGGAAGCCGUAUCGAAUGGAUAGGCAACAAUCUGUCUAGUUUAGUGAUUAUACAAUUGUACUAUCAUUUUAAUUUAUUAAUGUCAUACCCUGUUCUACA